AUGCACAUCACUUUCAUGCUGGGUGAUGUGAUUCCGGGUGGUGAAAAAAGCACAUCUUUGACUAAGCCCGCCAAUGAACGUCCUGAAACCGAUGUACAUGUUGUGUCCUUGGACACGCUGAAGUCCUGGAUCACAGCGGUGACUUCUGCUGACUACUAUGAGCACCCGCAGAGAGCAACAAGUAUCAGGGUGCAGAGGGAUUCUCAGCCUUCACCUCUUGCUUUGCUAGCAGCCACUUGCAGCAAAAUAGGAACUCCUGGUGAGACUCAAGGAACUGGACAGCAGCAGAUUAUUAUAGAUCCAAAUCAAGGCUUGGUGCAGCUUCAGAAUCAGCCACAGCAGUUAGAAUUGGUAACAACUCAGCUUGCUGGAAACGCUUGGCAGCUUGUUGCUGCUGCUCCUGCUGCUUCAAAAGAAAAUAAUGUUGCUCAGCAAGGAUCUUCUGUUGCCUCGAGUGCAGCAAGUCCCUCCAGCAGUAACAAUGGAAGUACGUCUCCUUCAAAAACCAAAUCGGGCAAUUCUUCUUCAACAACCCCUGGACAAUUCCAGGUCAUUCAAGUACAAAAUCCAAGCGGUAGUGUCCAAUACCAAGUGAUCCCACAGAUUCAGACAACAGAAGGUCAACAACUUCAAAUCAAUCCAUCUAAUGCUACUGGUCUACAAGACGUACAGGGUCAAAUUCAGCUUAUUCCUGCAGGGAAUAAUCAAGCUAUCCUCACAACUGCAAAUAGGACAGCUUCGGGUAAUGUUAUUGCUCAAAACCUAGCAAAUCAGACAGUUCCAGUCCAAAUUAGGCCUGGUGUUUCCAUACCACUGCAACUGCAAACUAUUCCUGGUACUCAGGCACAAGUUGUAACAACGUUACCUAUAAACAUUGGUGGGGUAACCCUAGCAUUGCCCGUGAUAAACAAUGUGGCAGCUGGAGGGGGUUCGGGUCAAGCUGGCCAGUCUACUGAGAGCGGAGUUUCCAACGGAAAUCAGCUAGCGUCUACGCCUGUCACUUCUGCCUCUGUUAGUACAAUGCCAGAGUCUCCUUCUUCAUCUUCCACCUCUACGACCACUGCCUCAACAUCUCUAACUAGCAGUGACACGCUAGUAAGCUCUGCAGAGACUGGCCAGUACACAAGCGCAGCAGGCAGCAGUUCAGAGCAGACAACUGAGGAACCUCAAACAACUGCUGCAGACUCCGAAGCCCAGAGCUCUGGACAGCUUCAGUCCAAUGGACUACAGAACGUCCAGGAUCAGUCGGGUUCCCUUCAGCAGGUCCAAAUCGUAGGUCAGCCUAUUCUGCAGCAGAUACAGAUCCAGCAGCCUCAACAGCAGAUUAUUCAGGCCAUUCCUCCACAGUCAUUUCAGCUCCAGUCGGGACAGACUAUACAGACCAUCCAGCAGCAGCCUUUGCAGAACGUUCAGUUGCAGGCGGUGAGUCCGACUCAGGUGCUCAUCAGGGCUCCAACUUUAACACCAUCAGGGCAGAUCAGCUGGCAAACUGUACAGGUUCAGAAUCUGCAAAGCCUUUCAAAUCUUCAAGUUCAAAAUGCUGGGUUACCCCAACAACUAACCAUUACCCCCGUGUCUUCAAGUGGUGGCACAACCAUUGCCCAGAUUGCACCAGUGGCUGUUGCUGGUACCCCGAUCACUCUGAAUGCUGCCCAGCUUGCUUCAGUACCUAAUCUUCAAACAGUAAGUGUUGCCAACCUGAGUGCUGCAGGUGUUCAAGUUCAAGGAGUUCCUGUUACCAUUACCAGUGUUGCAGGUCAACAGCAAGGACAGGAUGGAGUAAAAGUACAGCAAGCUACAAUAGCUCCUGUUACUGUAGCAGUAGGUGGCAUUGCUAAUGCGGCAAUUGGUGCAGUUAGUCCUGAUCAGAUAACGCAAGUGCAGCUGCAGCAAGCUCAACAAGCAUCUGACCAGGAAGUGCAACCUGGCAAGAGAUUGAGAAGAGUUGCCUGCUCAUGUCCUAACUGCCGAGAGGGAGAAGGAAGAGGCAGCAAUGAGCCAGGAAAAAAGAAACAACAUAUCUGCCAUAUUGAAGGAUGUGGAAAAGUUUAUGGCAAGACAUCUCAUCUUCGAGCACAUCUGCGCUGGCAUACUGGUGAAAGACCAUUUGUAUGCAACUGGAUUUUUUGUGGCAAGCGAUUUACAAGGAGCGAUGAGUUACAAAGACAUAGAAGAACCCAUACAGGUGAAAAGAGGUUUGAGUGCCCAGAAUGUUCUAAAAGAUUUAUGCGAAGUGACCAUCUCUCAAAACAUGUCAAAACUCAUCAGAACAAGAAGGGUGGUGGAACGGCCCUUGCUAUUGUUACCUCAGGAGAACUGGACUCUUCAGUUUCUGAGGUUCUUGGUUCUCCAAGAAUUGUCACUGUUGCUGCCAUUUCUCAAGAUUCAAACCCAGCAACCCCUAAUGUUUCAACAAACAUGGAAGAAUUCUGA